GUAGUGUAGGUCCUAUAAAUACUACAACAAUAGACACAACCAAGUAGUGUAAAAAAUCACUAUCUUGCAAGUUUACCCUAGGACUAACCCUAAUUAGGGCUUUUCUUGGGUUUUUAUUUUGUGGGUUUUUGGGCUUCUAGGUGAAUUCAAGAAUUGAAGAUGAUUGCAGAUAGACCCAGUUGGAUUAGGCAUGAGGGCUUGCAGAUUUUCACCAUUGAUGUUGAGCCUGGUGGGCUGAGAUUUGCUACUGGUGGUGGUGAUCAUAAGGUCCGUAUUUGGAAUGCAAAAGCUGUUACAAGAGAAUUGCCUGAUGAAGGAUCAAUUUCACAACUUCUUGCUACUCUUCGUGAUCAUUUUGGAUCAGUAAACUGUGUUAGGUGGGCGAAGCAUGGCCGGUUUAUUGCAUCUGGGUCUGACGAUCAGGUAAUAAUGAUUCACGAGAGGAAGCCUGGUUCAGGAACUACUGAAUUUGGCAGCGGGGAACCUCCAGAUGUGGAGAAUUGGAAGGUGGCCAUGACUUUGAGGGGACACACAGCGGAUGUGGUGGAUCUUAAUUGGUCUCCUGAUGACUCGACGUUGGUUAGUGGGAGCUUGGAUAAUACUAUUCAUGUAUGGAAUAUGAGCAAUGGCAUAUGCACUGCUGUUCUUAGGGGUCACUCCAGUUUAGUUAAAGGAGUUACCUGGGAUCCUAUAGGUUCUUUCAUAGCUAGUCAAUCAGAUGAUAAAACUGUCAUCAUUUGGCGAACAAGUGAUUGGAGUCUUGCUCACAGGACUGAUGGACACUGGAGUAAAUCUCUUGGAUCUACAUUCUUUAGGCGCCUUGGGUGGUCACCAUGUGGCCAUUUUAUUACCACUACUCAUGGUUUCCAGAAACCGAGGCAUUCCGCACCAGUACUAGAGAGAGGAGAGUGGUCAGCCACUUUUGACUUCUUGGGUCACAAUGCCCCUAUCAUUGUGGUAAAGUUCAACCAUUCAAUGUUUAGAAGGAAUAUAUCUGCUUCUCAUGAAGCAAAAGCUGCAUCUAUAGGCUGGACGAAUGGGUCUUCUUCUAAGACAGGGGAUAAAGAAUUACAACCAUAUAAUAUUAUUGCAAUAGGGAGUCAGGAUCGAACCAUUACAGUAUGGACGACGGCGAGCCCUCGCCCUCUCUUUGUGGCCAAGCAUUUCUUUUCACAGAGUGUUGUAGAUUUAUCCUGGAGUCCUGAUGGGUAUACUUUGUUUGCUUGUUCACUUGAUGGUACUGUGUCUAUUUUCCAUUUUGAGGUAAAAGAAUUUGGACACAAGCUAAGCGAUACCGAGUUAGAUGAGUUAAAGCGAAAUCGUUAUGGUGAUGUCAGGGGCCGACAGGCAAACUUAGCAGAAAGUCCUGCACAAUUGUUGCUUGAAGCAGCAUCAGCAAAACUUACCCCAGGCAAAAGACUAGCUACAGAUGUUCUGCAGAACAACAGGCCUUUGAAAACUUCUGCUGGUGUGGGGAUUGCUACAAAUUCUUCUAAACCUCAGACUAUUAAUGGAAAGAAAAAUUUAGGAUCAGGUGGUGAUUCAAUAAAUAAGGCGAAACCUUCUGCAAGGGUUGUUAGUCCAGUAAAACAGAGGGAAUAUCGGCGUCCAGAUGGUAGAAAGAGGAUAAUCCCAGAAGCUGUUGGAAUGCCCUCCCAGCAGGAAAAUAUAUUGGGCAGUGUUGCUCAAUCCUCUGAAUUUAAUUUGAAUUCAUCGGAACACAAUAUUAAUAACAACAAUAAUGGGUUUGUACAUGCUGAUAGUGCUGUCCAAGGAGUUACUGUGAGGAGAUCAGUUGGGGGGAGCUCUGAUAAUAAGGAGCGCACAGGUGUCACUGCUAGGGCAGCUAUUAGUGACAGUCUGGUAAUCGAGAAGGUUCCGGUAUCUGCUGGUACUGGAGGAAGCAUGAAUGUUGAACAGGUCGGAAUCUUAAAAAAUUCAAGUUCCGCUACUGGCAGUGGUAAUCUUUCGAUUAAGAUACGUGACAAGGAAGGUGAAAUUUUCUUGGAGGCUUGUCCAAAAGAACAUGCAUCAAAUGACAUGGUUGUGGUUGGAACUACAUGUAUGAUAAAUGAAACACAAAUCACUUGUAAAAGGACUCAAACUCUUUGGUCUGAUAGAAUUUCUAGUAAGGUCACUGUACUCGCUGGAAAUGCUAACUUUUGGGCUGUUGGCUGUGAGGAUGGAUGCCUGCAGGUUUACACAAAAUGCGGGAGACGUGCAAUGCCGGCCAUGAUGGUGGGAUCUGCAUCUGUAUUCAUAGAUUGUGACGAGUCGUGGAAAUUGUUGCUUGUCACAAGAAAGGGGUCAUUAUAUAUCUGGGAUCUGUUUAACAGGAAAUGUCUCCUUCAUGAUUCUCUAAUAUCACUAAUGACUUCAGGUCUAAUUUCUUCUGGUCAAGAUGCAGGCAUGAUUAAAGUGAAAUCUGCAAAGCUAUCAAAAUCUGGUUUCCCGAUUGUGGUGUUAGCCACACGUCAUGCCUUCGUCUUUGAUAUGAGCCUCAUGUGUUGGUUAAGGGUUGCAGAUGACAGCUAUUCCUCGUCAAAUUUUGCGAGCUCGUGUAAUUUAGGAUUGGGUCACAGUGGUGAAUUGGCAGGCUUGCAGGUGGAUGUCAGAAAGUUCUCUGCUAGAAAACCUGGUUGGAGUAGGGUGACUGAUGAUGGUGUGCAGACUCGUGCUCACUUGGAAGUGCAAUUGGCAUCAGCGCAGGCAUUGCAAUCUCCAAUCGAAUAUCGCCAGUGUCUUCUGUCUUACAUACGCUUUUUAGCAAGGGAGGCAGAUGAAUCCCGAUUACGAGAAAUUUGUGAGAGUUUUCUUGGACCGCCAACAGGGAUGGUUGAAUCUACAGCUUCCAACCCAGAGAAUCCAGCGUGGGAUCCUUGUGUUCUUGGUCUGAAAAAGCACAAACUGCUAAGAGAAGAUAUUCUUCCUGCAAUGGCGUCGAACAGAAAAGUACAACGUUUGCUAAAUGAGUUCAUGGAUCUUCUCUCUGAAUAUGGAAAUACUGAGAUAAACCUAGAACAGAAACAUCCCACUUGUCCGACAGCAGUUACAGUUAAAGAUCAAUCCAAUCAGCUGAUAACAGAUCAGACAAGCAGUGCUCCUCCCGCUAUAGAUCAACUGGUCUCUAAUUUGCCAACAAAAGAUCAAACAAACCCUUCUCUUCCCACCAAAAUUGUAGAUGAAUCUGGACCUCCAGGAGCAGAACCAAUGGACAUCUCAAAUGAAACAAAUCAAGCAGCACUUGUUGUACCUGUAACAGAUGGGUCAAAUUCGGGUCAACCAGAAACAUUUGUCGUAAAUUUGGUCCCCCAGCAGAACAGCUGAAUUGAGUUGACUUCAGUUUUCGAAACCGGCAUGGAGGAUUAAGAUCUAAACACCCACAAGCUCAUAGUAUGGCUAGAGUUGAAGCGUACUCUAGCCUGCUUGCUGAUCUAUAUCUUCACAUUUUUAUAGAGCUUUUUAACCCUAGUAUUUGCGGCAAGUAGUUCAGUUGCUAAAUUUUCUAGUUCAUGUUUUGUUUGCUUAAUAUACCUAGUUUUAUAGCAAGUUUGUUACUUAGACUAAGUUGGGUAAAGUACUGUUGUAAAACUGCAUCGACGAGGAUGCUGUAAAUCAUAGAUUUUCCCUUAUCAAAUAUUUGAUCAGUUCAGUCUGUAAAGUUUAAACUUUCAAAUAUUUGAUCAUUUCAGUUUUAA